ACAACGCCAAAGUGAAGGAACUUGUUUCAAAGUGCAUCCAGGCACGGGAAAUGGCAUAUUGCCCUUACAGCCGGUUCACGGUCGGUGCCGCCAUAUUGACAGCAGAGGGCGCUAUAAUCAAAGGUAAUAUCUUAGAAAUUACUGACUAACGUCACCUUUCCACUAUCAACAGCAGCACAUUUUACAUUUUACGCUCAUUGAAGUCAAAUGAAUUUCGACAUGGAACGUAUGUGUGUGUUUGUUUGUGUAAUAGGUUGCAAUGUGGAAAAUGCCUCUUUUGGGCUCACAGUGAGCCGUAGCAGAGGGACA